AUGCUUAAAUUACACAAAAGAGAAGAACUGAAAGAGAUCCUCUACAGGAAAUCACCACAAAAUAAUGAUCUCUCAAAGCUUCAGAGGAGUGCCUUAAUGCAAUUGGAUAAUCACACUACUGAAGAACUAUAAUCCAACCAAAAAGCUCCUGGAGGAAGUCCUGCCCAUAUCAGAAUCAACCUCCAACAAUUCGCCCUCCCGAAAAUUCAACAUACAACUAACAUAAAAACAAACAAAUAUAUUGGAGAAUACAAUAAUAUGUUAGGUAUCAUAACAAGCAAACACUAAAUCCCCUAUCGUAAUUGCACUUACAGAAGUGCGUCCUAUUAUCACAAUACUGAUCAAUUUAUAGAAAAGCAGAAUUAUGUGAUCAAUUAAUUCAUUCGUCCUCGGAAAUUGGGAACCUUUAAAUGA